UGAAUGUUUUUAAUGUUGAAGAUCAAUGUUCGGAUACUGCCUUCUUGAGCUACGCGAUACGCUUUGUACGAUCUCGAAUUCCUACCCUGCAUCAAAACGCGCUGAUGCCUUGCGGUGGCAUGCCUUGAACACGCCCACAGAAAACACAUUGCCCGGAAUGUUCGACCAUAAAUGUCCGCUUGUCAUUAAUCGAUGAUUGUCCUCUCUUCCUUCUAUUCUCUUUCCCAUUGAGCCUCGAAUCGAUGCCUAGGGCCAGGACAUUGGUAUACAAGCCCGAUGGGACUCUCAAAGAUCCAACCGUCUGCGAAUUUUGUGGUGCAAGAGUGGCACGACCGUGCGAUCUUCAUAGACACAUGCAGAAACAUCUGAGAGGAGAAGAGCGAGCGUCCAGAUCCUUUUCAUGCCCCUACUCCAAUUGCGACUUUCAGAGCUUACAGAAGGGUAAUAUGGAUACGCACAUUCGUAGCGUGCAUACAAGGAUCAAAGACCAAGAAUGUCCUGAUUGCGAGUUCGCCACUGCGGACCCAGGUUCACUUACUAGGCACCGGAAACGGCGCCAUGAAUAUGUUCCAGAGCGUAGAAAGCCUCGAGCUGAGCAGACUCUCUCGACUUCCUCGGCUUCAGGAACUUCGGACAUCAUUAUUAUAAAUUCCGGUAAUCGAUAUCCAGGACACAACCCGGGACGGAGCGCGUCGGAGGUGCCCCAAGCACCCAAGGCUUUGAAUCAGAAGGCUUCAAAUCCCAAAUUGAAUGCCUCGAACACGACAAGACCGCCGAGACCUCCGAGUAUUGCUGGAUUGCUGAAUGCACUACAGCCAGAGCCACCAAAAACCAGGCCACCAAAUCUUGCGGCGCUUUUGAAUCCAUUACCAGAGCCAGUUGAUAUAUCCAAGGGUGUCGGCGAGGCAUCGACGUGCUGUGCAGAGCAGACUUGGAAGAUGGAUCGGCAGUCUCAUCCAUUAUACGGAUUCAGUCGCUGUACUUCUUAAAAGUUAAGUAGGAAUUCCGCCUUUGAUUAGAUACGAUAACUAUAAGAUCGAGCCUCUAGCUAAUAUAUGAACUAUGUAAAUCCUCGUAUUUCAAUGUUUUCGGCCUUGACAUUCC